GGUGAGUCUGCUCUAGAGUACGGCAUCCGGUCUUUGAGGAAGUUAGGGUCUUCUUACCUGGGUGGAGAUGAUGAUGGUGAUACUACUAAGCAAGAUGAAAAAUUCGGACUGGAUGAUGGCAAUGAUGGCAUUUUUCUGAAAAGCUUUCCUGUUUGUGAUGAUCGACAUUCAGAACUAAUUCCCUGUCUAGACAGACAUCUCAUAUACCAAAUGAGAUUGAAGUUGGACUUAUCCUUGAUGGAGCACUACGAAAGACAUUGUCCUUUGCAAGAAAGGCGUUACAAUUGCAUGAUUCUUCCUCCCCUCGGAUACAAGAUACCUAUUAAGUGACCUAAAAGUAGA